ACGUCUCCUGAUGUUUGUGUUCUUAUCAGAUGGAUGAGCGAGUUUGAUUGAAGCAUUUGUCAUGUAAAUGCGAGCCGUUUGAUGGACGAGCCUGCAGACUUGACAGAGUGCUGUAGGUCCUUUGCCAUUGGCGUUUAGCGGGUCACAUGGUGUGUCAGGAAGGUGAUAUGAGGGUGGAAGGCAGUUUUACAGCUUUGACAUACUACCUAGAAGGUUAGGGCAAAGGGAGCACCGAUUAAUGACUGCUCAGUCUUGAUCAGUUGUGAACAAACAAUAGGCCCAGGUCCAGGAUGAACUCCUACUUAGACUACCCCGUGUGCAACCGGGGAGCAAAUAUUUUUAGUGCCAAGGCCGGAUACCACAAUUUGAACCAUGGAUACAUGUCGUCCAACUCGUGCGCAACAAGUGAUAGUUACGCACCGGACGGGCGCUUAAUUGCUGCAACUUCUGCGCCACAUCAGACCCCGAACCUCCCUCUGCACCACCAGGCACACGUCAACUUGGAUCUGCAGUUUGCAACACCGGGGAACUCCAUGUACGGGUCACCUCUGGAGUACGGACAUCACCAGUACGGCCUCGCACCCGAGCAGGACCGGAGCUUCAUUCAUGCAACAAACAUGGCUCCCUACACCGGGGACAGUUGUGGGCCUGGAGUUGCAACGGGCAGCCAGUACCUACAUUUUGGUAACGGGGACCAGAGGCUGCAAGAAUAUUCAGAGAGUGUUUACACAAGGCUACCGGCACAGAGCAAGGAGAAGGAUUUGGACCAUGUGGAGGAAACUUCUAAAACAUUCGACUGGAUGAAGGUGAAGAGGAACCCCCCUAAAACAGCUGUCUUGUCGGAGUUCGGGGUUCCCGGCCAGCACAACGUGAUCCGCACCAACUUCACCACCAAGCAGCUGACCGAGCUGGAGAAAGAGUUCCACUUCAACAAAUACCUGACGCGGGCACGGAGGGUGGAGGUCGCCGCCAGUCUGGAGCUCAACGAGACGCAGGUGAAAAUCUGGUUCCAGAACCGCAGGAUGAAGCAGAAGAAACGCGAGAAACUGGGCUGCGUUUUGGUCAACACUCCGGCGCCUGUGGAGAAACUCUCUGGCCCUGACACCUCUCCAAAGGCAAAGGGGAAAGACAGUGAACCAUGAUGUUACUUAAAAAAAAUAAAAUAAAAGACUGUGGGGGCCUGAGCAGUUUUCCACCAUUCCAGAAAAACCGUGAACAUGCAUGUGGACUUGUAUGUCUGUGUCUGCUUAUGUGCUUAUGGUGCAUUGAUUUCUGAACUGGAUGCUGAGAAACUUUCAUCCGUUUGUGUAUUUGUAUCCUUCCUUUCAUAAGCCCAUGCUAUGUUUUGUGUUGGAGCACUGAAGUACUCAGUGUCAUUGUUUGCACUAUUUAUUUACAGGGUAUUUUCCAACAACUGUUAAUAAUUAAUAAUAAUUUAGCUUAAUAAAGUCUGUAAAAUGGAAACAAAUGUUGUAUUUGCUGUUUAUGUAAAAAGAAAAUGUUUAGGCUUUAACAAAUGCUGAUAAUCCAAUCAAACGUUUACUUUUGAUACAGAAUUUGUCCUUUUGACAAAGUCUUUUCCUCCUAUUUUAAAAAAAAAAUGUAUAUGUAUAUAAUAAAUUGUUCUAAAUAUGA